AUGUGUCUCACCUUCAUGUGCCUGACCAUCGAGUGCCUCACCUUCCUGUGCCUCACCUUCGUGUUCCUCAACUUCGUGUGUCUCAACUUCGUAUUCCUCACCUUCUUGUGCGUCACCUUCGUGUGCCUUUACUUCGUUUGUCUCACUUUCUUGUGUCUCACCUUCGUGUGCCUGACCCUCGUGUGCCUCACCUUUGUGUGUCUCACCUUCGUGUACCUCACCUUCGUGAGUCUCACCUUCGUGUAUCUCACCUUCGUGUGUCUCACCUUCAUGUGCCUGACCUUCAUGUGCCUCAACUUAGUGGACCUCACCUUCGUGUGUCUCACUUUCGUGUGCCUCAUUUUCGUAUGCCUCAACUUCGUGUGUCUCAUCUUCGUGUGUCUCACCAUCAUAUGCUUCACCUUCGUGUGUCUCACCUUCAUAUGCCUGACUUUCAUGAGCCUUUCCUUCAUGGGCCUCAACUUCGUGUGCCUCAACUUCGUGUGUCUCACCUUCGUGUGUCUCACCUUCGUGUGCCACACCUUCCUGUUCCUCAACUUCUUGUGGAUCACCAUCAUGUGUCUUACCUUUAUGUGCCUGACCUUCGAGAGCCUCACGUUCGAGGGCAUCACCUUCGUGGGCCUCACAAUCUUGGGCCUAAACUUCGUGUGCCUCACCUUCGUGUGCCUCACCUUCGUGUGUAUCCCCUUCGUGUACCUCACCUUCGUGGGCCUCACUGUCGUGGGCCUCACCUUCGUGUGCCUCACCUUCGUGUGCCUCACCUUCUUGUGUCUCACCUUCGUGGUCCACACUUUCGUGUGUCUCACGUUCGUGUGCCUCAACUUCGUGUGUCUCAUGUUUGUGUGCCUCACCUUCGUGUGCCUCACCUUCGUAUGCGUCAACUUUGUUUGGUCCACAUUCGUGUGUUUCACAUUAAUGUGCCUGAUGUUCGUGUGCCUCACCUUCGUGUGCCUCAUCUUCGUGUGCCUCACCUUCAUAGGCCUCAACUUCGUGUGCCUCACCUUCAUAGGCCUCAACUUCGUGUGCCGCACCUUCGUUUGCCUAACCUUCGUUUGA